AUGAUCUCUCCGCCCGCGGGGACCACACCGCGCACGAACAACCCAACUCGUGCACGCGACGACGACGGUCGACACGACGCCAAAAUGUUCGAGAAAUCGCUGUACGACCUCAUCCGAGGUCUGCGCAACCACAAAGGCAAUGAGAGAGAGUACAUCCAGGAAAGCCUGCGGGAGUGCCGCAAGGAAAUCAAAGGCUCGGACAUGGAUUUGAAGGCCACCGCCUUGCUCAAGCUCACUUAUCUUGAGAUGUUUGGCCAUGACAUGUCUUGGGCCUCGUUCAACGUGCUGGAAGUCAUGUCAUCUUCCAAAUACGGCCAUAAGAAAAUCGGCUACCUGGCCGCCGUGCAGAGCUUCAGGCCCGACACCGAGGUCUUGAUGCUGGCGGAGAAUCUGCUCAAGAAGGACUUGAGCUCUCCCCAACCAACAACAAUCACGCUUCCUCUGUCGGCCAUACCGCAUGUCAUCAAUCCCUCCAUGGCAAAUUCGCUCCUCUCGGACCUGUUACCCCGACUUACACACUCUCACUCUUCGAUACGCAAGAAAACGGUGGUCACACUGUACCGUCUCGCACUGGUCUACCCCGAGACUUUGCGACCCGCAUGGCCCCGGAUCAAGGAGCGGCUGUUGGAUGACGACGAAGACCCGAGCGUGACGGCCGCCAUUGUCAACGUCGUUUGCGAGCUCGGUUGGAGAAGACCCCAGGACUUCUUGCCUCUAGCACCAAGGCUAUUCGACCUUCUUGUCCAAGGCGGGAACAACUGGAUGGCUAUCAAGAUUAUCAAGCUGUUUGCAACUUUGACUCCCCUGGAACCGCGUCUCAUCAAGAAGCUCCUUCCCCCGCUGACGGCCAUCAUCAAGACGACCCCUGCCAUGUCUCUGUUGUACGAGUGCAUCAACGGCAUCAUUCAAGGCGGCAUCCUUGAAGGCGCCGAAGGAACCACGGAGGGAGAGGAGAUAGCUCGCUUGUGCGUAGGGAAACUCCGUGGCAUGCUGGUCGUCGAAGGGGAUCCUAACUUAAAAUACGUCGCUCUGCUUGCUUUUGACAAGAUCGUCCGAUCACACCCGCACCUAGUGUCUUUACAUCAAGACGUGAUCCUAGAAUGCAUAGACGAUGCCGACAUUUCAAUCAGGUCGCAAGCACUUGGCCUUGUCAUUGGCAUGGUUAAUCCCGAUAAUCUUACCGUUAUAGUUGGGAGACUUAUCCGACAGCUUCGAAAUGCACCACGAGCAUCCGCGGCCGAUGACCCUCUGAACGAUCGUGGGUUUCACGAGGGGGUGGUGCCGGCCGCAGACCCGUCCGAUGACGAGGCCGAGGAGUCGAUCCGUCGAAAUGAAAAGACAAAGGACCAACCGCCGCCUCUCCCAGAGGACUACCGGAUCAAGGCCAUCAAAGGCAUCCUCGAAAUGUGUGCCCGUGACACGUAUGCGAACAUCAUCGACUUUGACUGGUACAUCGACGUCCUCGUUCAACUUGUCCGAGUCUCACCUUCUUCGAAGUCGGCAUCUCUGGACGAAGAGCUGCCCGAAUCCGACGGCACGUCCAUGGGCGACAAGGAUGACGUGUCCUUCGAGAUUGGAAAAGAGCUCCAGAAUGUGGCGGUCCGAGUCAAGGCCGUCCGGCCAGAAGCGACGGAAGCUGCGCAGUCUCUCAUCCUCGUCGACCGCAGAGAUCAAAUGUUCCCCGCGUCGGGCAACGGAGGCCAAGGCGUUCUAGGCGCAGCUGCUUGGAUGGUGGGCGAAUACGCGUCGCUCUUGACAAACCCGGAGGGAGUUCUGAACUCGUUAAUGCAUUCGUCCUCUGCUCUCCUCCCGCACCACAUUCUAGCAAUCUACAUCCAGGCCGUGCCCAAGGUCUUCGCUUCUGUCUCUUCGAACGAGCAGGUAUCAUGGACUUCGGAACGCAAAUCGACCAUGGUGCUCCUCAUGGCUCGGAUCGUGCAUUUCCUGGAGCCGCUGGCCAUGCAUCCAAACCUAGAAGUUCAGGAGAGAGCGGUAGAAUACCUAGAGCUGAUGCGGCUUGCUUCAGAAGCGGCAUCCGGGCAAGAAGCCAGCCCCGGGGAUGGCGAUUUUGUCGAUCCGCCGCUGCUACUUACACAAGCCAUCCCCUCGCUGUUCACAGGCCUCGAGCUCAACCCCGUGGCUCCCGGGGCACAGAGGAAGGUGCCGGUGCCGGACGAAUUAGAUCUGGACGCUCCCAUCAACCCGGAUCUCCCGAACCUCUUGCGCAAGGCCGAUUACGAGUCGUUCGUUGAACCCGACGAGGAUGACGUAUAUCAAUUCUACAGCCAGAGGACGGCAGUUCCCACUCAAUCCGAAGCGGCGGCUGAUCGCCUGGAGGCGCCCGAAGCAGAGCCCAAAUCGUACCAGGCAAGCGCUGCGGAGGAAGAAUACCUAGAUCCGGACAUUAUUGCAAGGAGGAAGGCAGAGCGCCGGGCGAGGAACAAGGACGACCCAUUCUACAUUCCCACCGAAGACGAGCGCUCGGGAACAUCGACGCCACUUCACAACAUUCUCAAGACCAACAAUGGCGAAGACCUGGACCUCGACUCGAUACCGAUCAUGGACUUGGAUCUAGAGACCAAGGGCCAGCUCGGCGGCGAGCACAGAACUACCAAGCAGCCGAAGAGGAAGGUGCGCAAGAACUUUGAGAUUCUUGUGGAUGAGAACCUCGGGCCGGACGAGCCUAGCGCAGCGUCGGACUCGUCGAGGCCGGAGCUCGCCAAGCCAACGCAGAAGGGCAAGAAGUCGUUGCUGGAAGUGGAUUCCACGGGAUUGGCAUCUCUGUCGCUCGAGGAAACGGGCAAUAGCAAGCUGGACAUGGAGCGGCGGGAGGCUGAGGAGGCCGAGAUGGCAAAGGCUUUGAAGGAGGUAGAAAGGCUGAGGCUCGAGAUGCAGCGGGCAAGCGAGCGAAUCCAGGCGAAGGAUGUGCCGCCAGAGGGACAGCUGGUCAAGAGGAAGAAGAAGAAGGCCAAGAAGGAGGCCAAGGGCGAGCCGGAAGCGGCGGAGGAGGAAAACCAGCAAGCGGCGGAGGACAGCCAGCAAGCAGCAGGCGAAGGCGAGGCAGCGGUGGUUAAGAAAAAGAAGAAGAAAAAGGUAAAGAAGCAGGAGGACGGGGCGGCGGAAGCGGAGGGGGACGGCAAGGGCAAGAAGAAAAAGAAGAGGAGGAUGGUGGCACUGGAGGGCGAGGGGGCUCCGGGAAGCUGA